AUGUCCGGUCUUGCCGCUUUUCGAUCUGGGAGGAGUGAUGAGCUGCGUGGUCUUGCAGAGGAGCACUUUCAGCAUGACUUGAACGACGACGAUCGCGAGAUUUUGAGACGCGCAGGGAGUAAAGUGUCAACCCAUGCCAAACUCGGAUCGCUGCUCGGUGUUGGCCUGGGCGUCUUGGCUGCUUUUCGACUGCGAAAGAUGCGAUUGACUUACUUCAAUGCCUUCAGAGCCAUGGAGAAGCCCGUCGAGGUCAGAUUUGCGGAUGGUCGUACCGAACCCAUUCCCGAUAUCACAGCCCAUCUCACACCAUCCAAGUGGGGUGACGCAGCCACAUACUUCUUCUUCUCCGUCGGAGGUUUAUUCAUCGGUGGUGAAGCUGGUCUUCUUACAGGCACGGCGUCGGCGUCACGCACUAUUGUGAAGAACCCUGAGGCCAAGGAGCGGAUAGAGAAGGCGUGGAAGAACUAUCGCAUUGAUGUGAUGAAGCAGGAGAUCAAGAAGUUGGAGGGAAAGUCAAAGCUUGAACAGCUCUUCAGCUCAUGA